AUGGCUGACGAAAUGGCUCCGGCUUCUGGAGGAACGUCAAACGUUGCCGAAAACGAAAUGGCAGUCUCUGAAUUGGGUGAAGCGAAGCCGAGUUUGGGAGCGCUGGGUUAUCCACCAUACCCUCCGUACGCCACGGACACUGCACCUCCCUCUGUGGCUGAGACCAUUAUCGCUGGUCGGGAUCUACGUCGGCAGUAUAAAUUUUCACCUCAGAUGCCUGCGCGUCCCCCGCCUAAGCCAGCUAAACCCAGGGGUCCUAAGGCUACGGAUGUAAAAAUGACAAAGCGCGCGUCCAAGGCUCAUUCCAGAUGCAUGCGUCGACAUGGUGCCAUGCUCACCGACCGUCUUGAGUACAUGGCGAAGCCUCGGCGUCGAAACAUUAUAUACCUUUGGAGGGAGCACGCAAACAUUUUACCUCCAGAGACGAUUGCUCGUUUACGAUCUAUGCUAGAUGCUGAUGAACCAUUUAAGCCGGAUCAAGCGUACGAAUACUUUGUGAAUUUACGAAAGACCAAAAAGAAAAGAAACAAGAAAGGUAUCCAUCAAAUUAAAAAAGACAUGAUGGCAAUUUGCGAUGAUAAACGAUUUUUAUGGGCUCGGAACGCAACGGUAGCAUUUGCCAGAGGUAUUCAGCAACGUCUCUCGAAGCCAGGACACUAUACUCUUGCUGAUGGGAUGCUCCGUUUGUCAGAUUUGAUAUUACAUGAUAUUUGUCGAUAUAUGCGUCUGAAGACCCCAACUCGAAAUAGUACAAAUCCCAAAUCACGUUUUAUGCUGGAAAUGUCUGAUAAGAUUGCCAUUUGGAUUGAUGAAAUAAUUUCGGAAUCUGAUGAUCGAAUGCUAAUGAUGGACUUUGACGAAGACGAAGACGUAGUAGCAGAUGAUGCGGGAGAUGCUGGUUUUGCUGAUGACUUUCUGAACAUGAUGCAAGGUGUAACUCAGCCAGCAUAUAAGAAAUUUACCGGUGAUAUACUGGAAGCUUUUACUAUCUUAACCAAUGCUAUGUACAAGAAAGGUGAGCAAACAUUGACAGAGUAUGGAAAAUUUCGCCAAACAUAUGCACAAGCGGCGGACACACUCAAGCAAACCCCUGACUUCGCUAUUACGGAAAUUAACAGUAGUUUAGCACAAAGAAUUAACCAAGAACUUUCUGAUACUGUAAGACCGUUCACGACCACUAAUUUGGCACCUUCAAUGAAGGAUGUUGUGGAUAUGUGUUCUAAUUAUUUAGCACAACAUGCUACUUUUAAUAAGGAUAAAGGAACUGCCUUUAAAUUAUUAGUAACCACGAUGCGUAAGCAACCAAACCAAUUGCUUUAUGAAAAAGGAAAGUUUAAAGCAAAUUACGGAGCAGCUGCCGCAGAACUAAGUCAAGCACGAAGCUUGGAAAGCGACCAUGACGAUUCGGAUCUAACACAAGAAAUCCAUUCAAAGCUUUCUAAGUUAGUUGAUAGUGCAACAAGUCCUGAGUUGAAAUCAGAUAUGGCCGAAACCCUUGACGUCUGUUCUAAAUAUCUAUCUCAAAGCGCUGUCGAUAAAUCGGAACGUGGACCUGCUUUCGACAUUCUCAUCAAAGCCCUCGAUGACAAUGGUGAAAAACCAUUUACAACACAAUUCCCUGUUGUUGGAACUAAUUAUGCUGCUGCACAUGUGUUAAGUACAGCACCGGGCUUGACUAGUGUGAAACCUAAUGAAGAAACAGUGCCUGUGUUCGAAGAAGCCCUCCACAAAGCUGUCGAUUUAGUUACACCAGAAAGCCAAAAGAAAGAAAUGGAUGAUGUUAUAAAAAGGUCUGCUAAUUAUUUAUCCGGCUUUACAAGAGACAGAGGGAAAGCUUUUAAACUGUUGUUGCAAACAAUGAAAAAAUCUCCAACAAAAGAACUUGCGAAAAGAAAUAAUUACACAAUGAGUUAUGGGAGUGCAGCUGAGGAGACAGAAUCUGCGCCGUUUCUAGCGCCCUUUUUGCCAGUAAAAGAUAUAGCUGAUGAAAUUAACGAAAAGCUUACUAAAGAAAUGGAGGGUUCCACUCCGAGUGAGCUUAAAGUUCCAAUGAAAUCUCUUAUUCAAGACGUAUCAAAACAUUUGUCACAACCGGUAGCACUGAAAAGUGGCGCGGCUGGAGAGAAAUAUCCAAUGGAUUUACUAGUAAAUGUGAAAAAGUCAAUUGGUAAAAGACCACUGUAUAAAUAUAAAGGUUUCGGUCAAACUUACGCUGAUGCGGCUGAAUCAUUAAAGCACUCCGGAGAAAAGGAAAUGAAUAAUAAAAACGAAAACCUGGAAACAGAAAUUUCAACGGAAUUAAAGAGAACACUACCUUCAAAACUUACUCCGGACAUUGCCAAAGAGCUGGACGAAACUGUCGGUGAGGCAUCCAGACAGCUCGCAAAUAUUGGAACCAAAAAAGGAGACGCUUUGGAGCACUUAACUCAUUUGAUGAAAGAAAAGGACGAGGUACCCCUUGCCAAUAUACAAGGCUAUGAACAAACAUACGGUGACGCCGCACGAAGAAUUUCCAACGCUACAAGUCUUGUUAACGAGAAAGUGGAUAAACCAACAUAUGCAAAAGUAAAGGGAAAGCUUAAAACUUUGGCAGAACAGAAUCCUCUUCCGGAAAAUACAAAUGAGUUGUCAGAAAUUGUUGAUGAAUGUUCUGAGUUCUUGGCUUCAUCACUUCCUGAGGAUGAGAUGGAAAAACGACGUCUUUUAGCUGAUUUGAUGGCACGUAAGGAUCAGUCCUUACUCGCCCAGAAUGGAGUUUUUAAGUUAACCUAUAAUGAUGCAGGGCAGGAGAUUAUAAAAUCUCCUGUAAAUGUGGAAAAGACACUCGACGAAGGAUUAAAAACUGAAAUCUCACAGAAAAUAAAUGCUACUGUACCCGAUAAAAAGUUGCAGGACUCGUUAAAAGAUACAAUUAAUGGAGCAGCAAGUUACUUAGCAAACCUCGUAAAGGGAAGAGGAGAAGCAGUACAAUUAAUACACGAUGGUAUGAAAAAAGAAAAAGAUAAGAACUUCAUUUCAAUUGGAAAAUUCAAUAAAACGCAUGAACAAGCUGCUGAAAUGCUAGAAAAAGCCACAACGUUUAGCAGUCAGCAACCCUCUCCGGCAAUUGUUGAUAAAGUUUCCGAUCGUGUUAGAGCAAUUCCAAUUGAAAACGUCAGUGCCCAAGGAAAACCACACGUGGAAGAUGCAGUGAAUACAAUUUCUAAAUAUAUAGCUGGGGUGGCAACGGAAGAAUGUGGAUUGGACGCUAAAGCUCUCGCAUCAUUAAAUACCGCUGCGAUUAGUGACAAAAUUGGCAAUGAAACCGCAGGAAAGAGCACAUCAGCAAAAGCGAACAAGUUAGUAAUGGAGGAUGGUAAAGUGACAACAGUAAAAACCGAUUCACUAGAAAAUCAAGCUACCAAAUUUACACCAAAUGUAGGCCAGAGAGAUGGUUUAAUUGGCGAUGAAGCCACAGGAAAGAGCACAUCAGUAAAAGUGAACAAAUUAGUAAAGGAGGAUAGUAAAAUGACAACAGUAAAAAGCGAUUCACUAGAAAAUCAAGCUAAAAAAUCUACACCAAAUGUAGGCCAGAGAGAUGGAAAGAGCACAUCAGCAAAAGAGAACAAGUUAUUAAAGGAGGAUAGUAAAAUGACAACAGUAAAAAGUGAUUCACUAGAAAAUCAAGCUAAAAAAUCUACACCAAAUGUAGGCCAGAUAGAUGAAGUGGACCCGGAACGCGAACAAGCCCUACAAAUAUUGCACUCAAAACUCAAAGCACGUGGCGCUGAAACUUUUUACAAGCAACCGCACAAUGUCUUAACUCACGCGCAGGCAUCAGAAUGGUUAUCGAAGAAGCCAUUUAGUGUAGAUAAGUCUGUAAAGGAAUCAGCAGAUACCGCUCGUUUGCACAAAAAGUUUGAAAGGAAGCUUAGUGCGCUUGUUGGUACGAGCACGGCACCUUCAAUGCAAGAUGCAAUGCAAGACGUCAUCAUCGAGACUUCAAGAAAUCUUUCCGAAUAUUUUAUGUCCAAAAGUUACAAUGUCCUUGCACGAGAAGCCGUCAUAUCGGAGAUGCAGAACCGUGGUAACGAGAUCCUCGUAGAAGUAGAUGGAGCAGCUGAAAGUUUCUUUUAUUCUGCACAAAGAUUGAAAAAAGCCAAGACUCUUGAGGCUGAAAAACCUUGUUCAAUCCAGUAUAACAUAGUGAAGAAACUAGAAGAAAUGGUAAGAUCUCGCGGCACUCUGAGAAAACUAACUCCACACAUAAAAGAUUACAUUCACAGUGCAGGGGAAUAUUUAUCUGAACAUGUAACUAAACCUGAUAAAGAAAUUGAAGCCUACGUUGCGCUUCUAGCGGAAAUGGAAGCAGCCGGUGAUAGUCCUCUCGUUGAGGGAAAUAUUCGUAAAUCACAUAAAGAAGCAGCUGCUUAUUUACGCCAGUUAACUUCAUUUGAUGAUCAAUUAAAACUAGAUGAUAACACUCUCCGAAAGACAAUUGAAACUAAGUUGGGAAACCUUAUGGCAAAUGUAACAAAGACAGGAUAUAGCAAAUCUGAUCUCGAUCAUGUCAUUCAUCAAAACGCUGUACUUUUAACGUCUUACAUCAAACUGCAAGGUGAAAAGACAGAUGCACUUAAAGUAUUGAUAGAACAAAUGGACAAGGAAGGUGAAAAUGUACUUCUGCGACACGGAAACCUUCGUAAGACAUAUCUUGACGGCGCAAAUAUCUUACGGACAAAGAAUGCAGAUCAAUUGCAUGUUGUAAACGCAGAUCCAGUAGUUUCUAGGAAGAUACAAAUAAAACUUAAUAAUUUAAUGCUUAAAGUUACACCAAAUAAAUACAAGGAUCUUAUGGACGAAGUUGUUCACGAUGUUACAAAUUACCUUGCUGUGCAUUUCUUGCAACCAGAGGUAAUAAAAGUUUGCAAAUGUAUGAAGAAUGUCUUUGUGCAAUGUGAACUAUGGUGCGAAGAAAUCCUGAGGCGAAUGAACAGACCAUGUUGCACAUGCUCUCGCCAUGUACAUACCCAACAGCUCGCUGAUGUCUGCCCCGAUCGCAAGCUCUAUCUCAGUGAAAGUGGAUCGCAUCUUUUUGCUUCUGGUCUUCAAAUCUCUCUUACCGACUGCCCUUCUAAACUUAGUACGUUUGGAGAACCAUCACAACCCUGCCCAGCCUCGAAACCAACAUUUGAUUGCCAUUCAAAUACAACAGCUUCUUACGUUUUGUACACCACCCAGGGACCAUUCGAUAACAUCCCAACAAAACUAUCUGAAGCAGAUUCUUUACGAGCACAAAUAAUACAAGACACGCAGAUUGCUUCACCGUCACUUAACCCUCGUCUGCCACUUAGACACGCGUUCUCUGACCAUGUUCGGACUCUGCAAGCACAUGAAUCUACACAGAUGAGCACUUCUGUAAUUUCUGAGUCUUCUGAAGUUGAACCAUCGCACAAGUUUUGGCAAUCGCCGACGACCAUGUUUGCGAAAGUAAACUUACAGACAUCAAACUUAACUAAAAAAAUAGAUAACGACCUUCGAUCUGGAUUUUCUAAAAGGAGUUAUCAGCCUAAAAAUGUGUUUAGUUCCCGAACACCAAUUAUCACCACGGACCAAAUGUUCGAUUGGCAUUCGAUGAUGGUUAGUCUGAUAUGGAACGUCCAAGCUUGGAGGGUUUGGAUACAAGAAAAUAUCAAUAAAGUUUUAGCCUACCACCAUAAUACGGAAUUGGCAGAAUCUUGGACAGAUUUUCAAAGAACAGUUUCAACAGAAAUUUUGCAAUGGCAUCAGUACAGUAUAUUUAGUGUACAGCUGACGAUACGUCUUGCUUCAAAGUACAAUAAUAAAAAAAUCAUAUCACCAACGAGAACUUCUGUCAAAACAAAAGCAUUCUUGGAGUGUCACAAUGAAAUGUUGGAAAUAAUUGAUAUGUUCAGUAAAUGGACACAGUGGUUAACUGUUAUUAUAAAAGAAACUGAUUUACUACUGGGGCAGAAUUUAUUUUCUCAGCGAUGGCAAAUUCUUAAGGAAAAAGUUAAAGAGCAAAUAAAAGACUGGGAUAAUUACAACCAACACUUGAUAUACUACUGGGAAAAUAGGUUUAAAACUUUAAUAUCAGAUUGGAUACCUGGACAGCAGGGAGCAGUGUGGGUGAUGAGUGCUUGUGGCGCAGUGCCAAGCGGUGCCGUGGCAGCCGGCAUCUGCGACGGAGAAGUUAUAUGGGUUGCACGCACCACCCACAAAUGUAAGAUUUUGCCUGCUGCUUUGUAUCCAUCGAAGCAUUGUUGCGUGCUGUACACUGGAGGUCGGAUAAAACAUUAUACUAAAUAUCAGGUGUUGUGCAACGCACGGGUGCAGUGGGUGGCGUUCCGUGCGGGCACGGUGCCGGCGCGGGCGGUGCGCGUGGGCGACGUGUGCGUGGGCCGCGUGCGCCUGCGCGCCUCGCACCUGCUGGGGCCCGUGCGCCCGCCGCGCCACCGCUGCCACGUCGCCAUGUUCGGACGACCCUUCGCCUUCGACUGCUACGAACUGCUUGUCAUGGACGACGACGAAACGUGA